CCCGGAGCGCGCUCUGCGCAGGCGCGAGGCGGGCGGUUCGAAGGCGCGGCCGGAGCCGGGGUGCGAAAGUCGGGGACGAGGCUUAAAUACCAAGCGAAGAAGGAUGUCAAUUGUCACAGUGCAGCUUGGACAGUGCGGGAACCAGAUUGGGCAUGAGGUGUUCAGUGCUCUCUGCAGUGACAUCCGUGGCAGCCACGGGUUGUGUUCCAAGAAGGAGAACGAAUCCUACCAUGAUUCCUGCAAGGAACGGUUCUUCUGCGAGGAGGAAUCUGGAGUACCCAUUGCCCGGGCUGUGCUUGUUGACAUGGAGCCCAAAGUGAUCAGCCAGACCUUAUCCAUGGCUGCCAGGUCUGGCCACUGGAAAUACAACAGCCACUCCCACUUCUGUCAGAAGCAAGGAUCUGGGAACAACUGGGCCAACGGUUACUCUGUUCAUGGGCCCAGACACAAAGAAGCCAUCAUGAAUCUGGUGCAGAAGGAAGCAGAGAAAUGUGACCGACUCGGGGGAUUUUUCACAAUAAUGAGCAUGGCUGGGGGCACAGGAUCAGGCCUGGGAGCAUUUGUGACCCAGUGCUUGAGAGAUGCUUUUCCAACCUCGUUCAUACUAAACCACGUUAUCUGGCCCUAUGGCACUGGGGAGGUCAUUGUUCAAAACUACAACUCUGUUUUGACUCUGUCACAUCUGUACCAGUCAUCAGAUGCCCUUCUUGUCCAUGAAAAUGAUGUCAUCCACAAGAUCUGUGCCCAGCUGAUGAAUAUCAAACAGAUUUCCUUCAGGGAUGUGAAUCAAGUCAUUGCACACCAGCUGGGCAGUGUUUUCCAGCCCACUCACACAGCAGGAGAGGGCUCAGGCUACAGCAGAAACCCAUUAGGAGACUUAAUGGAGACGUUGGUUCCACAUCCCGAGUUCAAGCUGCUGGGCCUGCGGAACAUCCCCCAAAUGCCUGAGGACUCUCUGGCUUACAGCACCUUCAACUGGCCUGGCCUCAUCAAACACCUCAGGCAGAUGCUCAUUGCUCAUGCUAAAAUGGAGGAAGGUAUUGAUUGGCAAGUACGACCACCACACCCAGGCUCCUCCAUCCCCUCCACAAACAAACCUCUGCGCUUCAAUACUUCCAUUGCCAACCUGGUUAUCCUGAGAGGAAGAGAUGUGCACGACGUAGACUUGGGAAGUUUCCAAGAUCCCUCAUUAUACACAUCAUGGCUAAACCCUCAGGAUGCUUUUAGUGCAUGGAAAACACCCAGAGCAUUUAACAAGUAUGAGAAGUCUGCUUCUUUGGUCAGCAACAGCCAGUUCCUGCUGAAACCUCUCGACAGCAUCGUAGGAAAAGCUUGGAAUAUGUUUGCUUCCAAGGCUUACCUUCACCAGUACACAAAGUUUGGAAUUCAAGAGGAAGAUUUCCUGGACUGCUUCACAACCCUGGAACAAGUUAUCUCCAGUUACACCAACCUGUGAUUUCAUUUUUUUGUUAAAAUGGUCUGAAAUAGAGAUUUUCUGAAAGAACCAAGCUGGGAAACCUUCCAUCAACUUCCUGAAGUAUGUGAGUUAUUGUACUGGAGUUAUUUUUCGGUCUUAGGAAGUGUGUCUGUGUUUGAAUAGCAAGAACUGAAUCUGAACUGAAUAUAUUGAUAUAU